AAAAGUGUGAACUCAAAUGGCGCCAUGGAAUUCCUUGUUAUAAAAUCGAAAUAUGAGAGUAUCGAUCGCUGUGACUGGUAUGUUUGUAUUUAUUUGAAUAUCCAAUUGAUUAAAGUAUGAUGCAGUAAUUUAUUUGAAAAUGAGUGAAGAUAUUAAACCAGAGGUUAUAAAACGUACUCAAGACAUUUUAGGUAAAUUUGUUAAGAAGCCACAACUAAUGGAUAAGUUUUUAAAGAAACCUCCGUUUAGAUUUUUACAUGAUAUUGUUACGGCAGUCAUUCGCGAGACAGGUUUUUUAAAAGGCUUGUUUACGCCAGAUGAAAUGAACUGCGAGACAUUCAAAGACCGCGAGAGCAAAGUGUUGUUCCUGCAGAAGCUGAUCGACGCGGUGAAGGCAGUUACAAGUGAACCCCUCACGGCGAGACCCUCUAAAAUUGUCGCCGGGCAGGAACCAACCAAAACUAACGAGCUUCUUCAAGCCAUUGGUAAAGCAUUGACAAACAAUUUGAGCAGCGCUGAAUACGUGGAGCAGAUAAAGUCAGGGAAAAGUGGGAAACCCACAUUAGUCAAGAGUAAGUCUACCGUCGGUGCAAAGGCUGCAGGCCAGGCACAAUCUAAGGAGCGUGCCCGAGUCAAGGAUGUUGAUAAAUCCGACAAGAAAACUGUGUCUAGUAAAGUCCAUGGUUCAGAAUCAAAGUCCACUCUCAGUAAAGAUGACAAAAAGGAACUUAGAGUUGUUAAAGAAAAAAAACAGAAAUCAGGUACGGAGACUAAAUUUACUAACGUUGGUGUGAAGAAGGACGAGAAGAUGAGAAGUAAACCAUCACAUGUUAAAGAUGAAGUUGAAAUUGUAAAUGUGAAUGUUCAAUCUCUGUUGGUUAUAGAAAAGAAAAGUCCUGAGUUUCACACAGAGAAACAAAUUGAUAAUGUUGAUAACAUUUACUUUGAUAAAGAAAAUAAAGAUAUUUCUUCUAAAAAUGCCAUUAAGGAUACUCCUGAGCUAGAGGAGAAUGUUGUUUCUGUUGAAAAAGAUACUAGUACGAGAACUACUUCAGAACAUGAACCACAAAAAAAAGAGCCAGUUGAAAUGGUCAGGAGACCACUGUCUGCUCUUGGAGGUAGAAAACCAUCGGCCAAGGGAGUAACAGGCUUGGAAGGUUCAGGCGAUGCUGUGCAGAAUGAACUAGAACAGGCAGUUUCUAAUCUCCAGAGUGGCCCAGACUUGUCCAUCAAACAGGUUAGAAGCGAACCCCUUGAAGAGCGGGCCAAGCCCAUGCUCGCAGAGGAGCUGAAGGCCAAGCGACCGAUGUCGGCGGUGCGCCCCACGAGCGCCCGACGCUCCGCCCGGCCGGCCAGCGCUCGACCAGCGGCCCCGAGGAUCCGUGAUCGGGGAGAGGUGGUGGUGGUGGAGGAAACACCAGUGGCGCCCGGCAGGGUGAAGGUGAUCCCGGAGGGAGAGCUGGGUGCGGAGAUGGAGGACGAGGGCUUCGUGGUGCUGGAGGCGCAGGUGUCGGCAGAGGAACAGCCGCGAUCACUCACACCUGAGUUACGCGAGCACGGCCGCCUGGUGGAGCAGAUUCUGGAGACACAGAAGGAGUUGGAGGAGCGAGGCCUGGGGGAGGUGCCGGGCGUGGAGCGGGAGGCAGGGCAGCGACGGGAGCGGGAGUUGGAGCGGCUGCGAGCGUCCAUCCAGACGUUGACACGGGCAGCAUGGCCUCUGGGCAAGCUGCUAGACCUGGCACAAGAGGACGUGGAGGCGAUGCAGCGGGAGCUGGUGCACUGGCGUGGGCGCAAGCAGACCUUGCUGCAAGAGCUGCACCAGGCGCAGGCCCAGACUGAGCGCUCGCUACAGCCCCUCAGGCUCAGGCUGCAGGACCUCCAGGCCGCCAUUGACGAGCAGCGAGACCUCAUCCACGCCACCAAGGCCUCCGUGCUACACAACGAUGAGCGUAUCGCCAAGCUGCUCACGCCAUCCUGAUCACCUGGUCUGUGCAACACAGGUUCUACCAUGCAUGGAUUUUGUCUUGAGUUCCUUCAGUAUUUUAUUGAUUAUUCCUUGUUUAAUUAUGAACAUAAUGAUAAAUGUUAUUACUACCAAUCAAAGUUCUCUAUAUUUUCUGUAUAAAUUUUUGUGUUUGCAGCAGUAAAUUUUGCCACAAAUGUAAUGUCAUUCGAACAUAGACAUGUCAUGAAUUCAAUAUGUAGGUAAUGCAAAGCACAAUAAACAUUUCCUAUUUUGAAGUAUUAGUUGAUUACUGGAGAGGUUAAUUGACGGUAGCUUCACGCGUAAAAUAUUGCGACUUACACUCAUUAAAUCUUGUCUGAAUUCUUUUCAUUUCUUGUGAAGCUGAUCAUGUAAAUAUUUUCUGGUUGUGUAUGUUAUUGUUUGAUUAGUAUUCUUGGAGUUAAGACUAUAUUUACUGUUGGUGUUGAUUGCUUUACCCAAACAUGCAGAGAUGAUCAAGUCUGAACUCUACAUUUAUACCUACUGAGGGUGGGUGACAAGUUGUAGUGUGAUAAUUUAGCCUACCUAAAGUUAGUGGCUGCAUAUUAUGUGGUUCAUUGUCAUUUAAAUGUAAUCAAUUUUUUUUUAACUUACCUAUUAGCAUUUAUAAUUUAGUGCAUCAUUUUAGAUUUAGGUAAAGUUUUAUUUUUUGAGCUAAUUCACUAGUUAGUCAGCUGUAUAAAAUCCACUUGCAAAAAUGGCCCAAUUUUAGUGAAUGUUUCCCCUAUCAGAGUAGGUAGAGUUGAGAUAGAGUGAAUGUCACACUAUUCUAAUGUGAUACAUAAUAACCACUUCAGAAUAAUUUAUUUUUACUGAACUUAUCCGUGCCCUAGCUUUCAUACUAGAUAAAUACUUGUGAAUAAUAGUAACUUCUCAUUUGGGAAACCUAGAUGCAACUUAAGGUGUGGUCGGCAAAAAUCUCUAGCACUUAUGUUCGCCAUCAUUGAAACUCGCAAUACUCUCAUCUCCACCCUGAGCAUUGUGAGAAUAAUGGGCAACAGUAAGAAAUUGGUGCAAAUUUUUUAUAUGUAAAAUGAGGUUAAUUAUGUUAUUACUAUAAAAUUAUAACUAGUUUGAAUCCAUUACGAAAUAGAUUAAAAGUUGUUAAAAUUUUUAGUUGAUCUAAUGAAAAUAUUACUUACUGUACAUAACUGGUUAACCUUGUGUGUUUAGAUUUAAAUGGGAAAAGUAUUAAUAAAAAUCUUUCCUAUACCUACUUUAUGGUAUACUUAACCUACUUUUAAAUUCUUGUUUACUAAGACUGUUUAUUAUGUUUUAUAUAUAUAAUUAUUAUUUCCCAAUUUGUGCACAGUUUAAUUUAUUGGACAAGUUUAUUUCUGGGUCACAUACUAAUUAAUAGCUAGUUUCUGUCGUUCUAUUACUUGCCUGUAACUUUAAAUUGUUAAACAGGGGACUCUGUCAUCUUAUUUUAACAGAUUAUUCCGUUCAUACCAACUUCGGAGUGUCAUUAAAAUUCAAAAGGAAAAAAAAAACACAAUUUUUUUUUUUUUAAGAGAUGCAAAUCAGCAAAUGUUACAGAGUCAGGUUGGUGACCUUGUUUGUUUUAGUGUGUGAAAGAUUGUUGGGUUUUGCAUGUGUUGGACUGAUGUAUUUAAAGUUAUAAAUAUGAUACAUAAUGAUUUAAUAAUGUGUAGGAACUCAAAUGUGAAGGUAUCGGUUAUACCUGUUAGUUGUAAACAAAAUUGUAGGCCUACAUACAUAUUUGUAAUAUUUAUACAGAGUCACCACCAGGGUUGGAAAGAACCAGGUUUAUUUUAAAAAACCUAACAACCAGGUUUUUUUUUGUUUAGACCAGGUUUUUUAGGUUUAAACCAGGUUUUUCUAUUGUGUUAAUUAUUUUGGCUCUCACCACACUCAAACUAUGCAUAGGUAUGUGUGCACGUGUGUGUUUUAUUAAAUCCAUUUAUCCACUGAUGAUUCUAAUACCUACCAAAGUGUUUGCACAAAUAUAUUGUUAAAAUACUAAAAGAAAAGAAAACUGUGACAGUAGGUAGUACAGUGUGUAUAACAGAAUAAACUCGCCAAACCUAAAUGUCAUUAAUAAAUGCUUAAAGAAAA